AUGGCAUACAGCGUUUCAUUCGUCUUCCUGUUUUUAUUAUUCUCCAGCACGACUCAUUCAUUUAAUAAUGAUAUUUCUAUCGUUCGACAACGUGUUUUGGAGACAAUGAUUUGGCCAACGCAAUUAAACAUAACAUCUACAAUACAAAACGCACUUUCCUACGCUCGCACAUUGAACAGCUCUUGUUAUUGGUCAGACAUUAAUUAUGCUGAUCAAAAUGUUGCUGUUUGGUCUGUAGCAGACCACAUGGCAAGAAUAACAACUAUGUUGGAAGCGUUAACAGUACCGGGUUCUACCGUACAAAAUAAUGCAACAUUAAUGUCGAGUGUUCAUUGCGCUCUCGAUGUUUGGUUAAUCAAUGAUUGGCAAAAUCCAAAUUGGUGGUUCAAUCAAAUUAAUAUUCCUAUUUAUGCAACGAGUCAACUGUUGAUGUUAGGUGACAAUGCAACUAGUUUUGAAAUUGAAAAGAUUAAAGAAAUAUCUUAUCGCGCAGCUUGGUGGCUACAUAGACCUCAGGACACAGGGGCAAAUUUAGUGUGGAUGAUUCAAGCCCAACUCUAUCGAUCAUUAGCAACAGCUAAUAUAACUGGUCUCGAACAAGGAUUUCGAUAUGUGUGGAAUGAUAUUGUUGUUGUACCAGUACGCGCAGACGGUGUUCAGAAUGAUUGGUCUUAUCAUUUCCACGGACACCAAUUAUUAACUGGUAGUUAUGGUCAGACCUGGAUGAAUAAUAUCUUUUCAUUUCUUGUAUGCAGUGUUAAAACUCAGUUUGAACCAGAUGCAAACCAGUUAUUGCUAUUUAGUCAAUUCUUAACUAAAGGUGUUGCAUGGAUGACGAUAGAAACAAACUGGGAUUGGCACGUUGUGGGAAGAGUUAUUGCUAGAUCAACCAAAGAAUAUCAAAGUCAGCUUAAUCCAAGUUCAAUGCGAGUGCUGGCAAACUUAAUCGAAUCAAAUGAACUUAAAAAAGAAUUAGUUAAUUUUGCUGAUCGUCUUGAUAGUCGAUCAAAUGCUGCUUUACUCAUUGGUAAUAAACAUUUCUAUACAUCUGAUUAUCAAGUUCAUCAUCGUGUAAAUUGGACAAGUGCUAUUAAAAUGCAAUCAAUUCGAACACAACCACUGGAAUGUAUUAAUGGUGAGAAUUUAAAAGCAGAACACACCGGUCAAGGCGUACUCAACUUAUAUACAGUCAAUAAUUAUGCGUACAAUGAUAUUUUCCCCCUUCUAGAUUGGCAAGCUAUCAAUGGUAUUACAGUAGAACAUAGUAUCCCACUUGAACCUUGUAAAGAUAGAGCCAUGAUGGAUACAGCAUCUCAUAAUCUGACUGCUAAACGAUCAUGGCAUUUUUAUGACGAUGCAAUUAUUACAUUGGCGACUAAUCUAACAUUAACUACACCAACAACAGCAUGGACUACACUUGCUAGUCGAUUAUUACCUACUGGACAAAUCACGAUUGGUUUUUUUAAUUCGACUGUGAUUACACUUUCCGAUGGAAUCUAUUCUUUUCGUUAUAUUCAAAAUAAAACAUCGAAUGUACAAUGGAUACAUGUAGGUGGAUCUGAUAUUGGUUAUCUUUUACAAGUACAAAAACAAUAUGAUACAUUAGGAAUAGAAAUUCAGAAUAAAACAAAUAAUUAUAAUACUAUAGGUGCUUAUAAUUACUCAGUAACUGCACGCAUGUUAACUAUAUGGAUAAAUCAUGGUGUUGGACCAUAUACUCUUGAUUAUGGGUAUAUUAUUUUACCCAAUGUAUCUCUUCAGUCGAUGCCUUCAGUGAUAAAACAAUAUGAUCAAGAACAAAUCUUCUCAUGUAUAUCAACUAAUAGACUCUUUCAUGGAACAAUGUGGCCUUCAUUAAAACGCGCAUCAUUUGUUUUAUGGGAUAAUAUCACAACAACAUUCUCAUGUAAAAGUCCAUUGUUUGAUAUUACUAUACAAUUAAGUGAUGCUGGUGCUUAUUUAUUUAGUGAAAGUCUUACUGAUUUUACAUUGACAGCCUCGCACCCAAUGCGGGCAAAUAAUAUUCUAAGAAUGAAAGUGAAUCGAAUAGGUCAUGGUGUAGGAUGUACUCUAUCAUCCGAUGUUAAUGAACCAAGUACGAUUAUGGCAUUAAAUCUGCCCUUAUCGUCUGAAUUAUUGGGUGCAUCUGUGAGCGUUACCUGCAGGGUUGCCACCUCUUCCGCUUUUUUCGGAAAAAUUCCGCUUUUUCACCUUUUUCCCGCUUUCUUUCCGCUGCUCCGCUUUUUCAUAUAAAACCUUUCUUUUUUAACGAAACUUCGAUACAGCAGAAAAUCUGUUAGUGUUUAGUGAACUGUGAUCAUCACUGCCGUCCACAGUCUGUCAUUGUCGUUAUUGUUCGAUCUGUGAGCUCAAUGGAAGUACACAUAUAUACAUGUUUCGAUGCAAAAGAGGUUCAAGCAACCUGUUGAAUCAAAUUUCUAUCUUUUUUAUGUGUUAUCUAUUACGUAUUGAAACUUUGUGAUUAAAGAAGUACCUUAUAAAGAAGUAGGUUAUUUAAAAACGUUAGAAAUAUGAAAAGCCCGCAAAAAAACAGCUUUCCGCUUUUUUUGGUUUUUUGUUUCCGCUGUUUUUCGCGUUUUCUGAUCGAACUUACCGCUUUUCUGACCUGAUGAGGUGGCAACCCUGCUCGUACAUCCCACGCAGAUAAGGACUGACUUCAUCGCUUCAGUUCAUGUCUAUAUGCAAGCAUUGACGAAUUUCACUCAGAGUUAGCUGUUUCGUGUUCGAAACUCCUCUGCUCUCCAAGUAAAUAGUGUCGUACGAGGUCAAGAUAAGUGAGCCUCAACCUCAAUCGCUACCUGCAACGCGUAGAAGGUAGCGCCUGAGGAUGAGGCUCACUUAUUUUGACCCCUCGUACGAAACCUUUUUUGUACCCGACGACCAAACCCCCAAAACUGAUUUGGGAAGAUUCGAGCUAAACCUUUUUUCGAAGAAAAUAGUACAAUUGUCUGUAAAAAGGUUUGACUUUAGUCUUCAUAAACCAUACAGGUUUAUCAAAGGUAUCAGUUACAUCAAGCCUUGUCAUAGUCGUUUUUCAAAACAAUCUAUUGAUGAUAUUGUCAAUGAACAAUACACACAACUACGCAGAACUAUCCAAGGUUACCUUGAUGACUAUCGAGUGAUGGCUCUGAAGCUAGAAGGUAAACAGGUUUUGCGUGCUUUGCAAGAUCUACUCUAUCGACUUCACGAACAAAAUUUACCAUAUAAACUAUCAUUACGUGCUUGAAAAGAACAUGCAUCAGUGAAAAGUGUUCAAAGUCUUCUGCAAAAACGACCAGAUACCACUGUUCAUGAUACAGACAAGUGUAAAGUAUUAUAUACGGGUAAUACCACUGCUUUUGCACGGUCUCACUUCCGCUGACUGAGAUCGUUCACAAUAUAUCGUUCUACGUUCAAUUAGCAUUGGACGAAACUGCAGAACGACCACCCGAUGGCUUGACAAUCGACGAGAGCGCUACAAUUUGCCUCUACACGAUCGAAU